UCUUACAACAGUCCACCAUCCGCGCUUGUUUUACUUCAGCUUGCUAGUCGACUUGCUAGUCGAGUUGUAGAUGGAUUUCUUCCAUGCUGUGAUUCGUAACAUGUAUAUACUUAGUUUUAUUUCAUCUUCGUGUUUCUCCGAGGCAAAGCCGAUGGACGUAACAUGUAUGAAAGCAAGCAAAUCACGUUGUAAAUUCAACUGUAGUCACGAUAUACUGGAUCUCUCUGCUAUUGAUGGCAAUUAUACACAACCUAGCUUUGCAAACAUACCAGAUAAUCAAAGUGCUCAUGUUUCUUACCAGUGGAGUCCAUGCACCAAAUUUCAGCUGACCAACUGCACUGUCCCGGUUUACGUUGGUCGAGUGUUUAAUAAUGCUGUGAACCCGGAAGACCUGCAGUCGUGCAAUUUAGGAAAUCAUGGUCCAACUGUAAAAGUUUCAGAAGGAAGAUAUAGAUUGGUUUAUGAUACUCUUGAAGAAUUCCUUGUUGGUAAACGACAAACAGAUGUGUAUUUAGAGUACGACGGUUUAAGCGAAGGUCGAACCAGUUCGAUGGAGAGAUACGGUGGAUUUUUCAAAAUGACUUUGUUCACGAAAUACGCUCCAAGGCGCUCGGCCUCGAAGAUAAAGAAAAAAGCAAAUGAUGACGAUAGUUUGAGUAUAGGAACCGUCAUAUUGAUUAUCGUGUUUUGUUUAACUGCCUUGUACAUUGGUAUUGGUGUGCCUUACAUGAAGUUUGUACGUGGAGCAAGAGGCAGGGAGAUUAUUCCACAUUAUUCGUAUUGGUCUGAGAUUCCUUCUCUUGCCAAGGAUGGUUGCUCUUACACGUUACAAGCCAUCCAAGGCUGCGCUUCUUCAACGUGUGCCAACAUUUCCACGCGAAAAGAUUAUGAGAGAAUAUAAAAGGGUUAGAUCUAUUAAGAGGGUAACAGUAUAGCAUCGGAAGCCCAGAAAAUUCAGUUUAGCAACUGCAUGUGAAGCUUUGACUUGGGCAUUAUGAAUAGAAAGAGGCAUGAUUUUUGUGUUUUUGCGUGUAUGAUAAUUUAUAGGGUUGUGUCAUGACACAACUUUGUAGGGCAUGUGCUUCAUUUUAACCCAUAUUGGGCCUGGAUUAAGGCCUUGUUCACACUAGCUCCUAAGAAUCGGGGAUCUAUUGUAUUAUUUACAACGCAUUUGCGCACUAGUGGAUUUAAGUUGUCCUAGGAAUCGGUGUUUCUCCUUGUCUGAGGACACUAGGAGAGGAAUGCUUUGUAUAACAAGAACCUCCGAUUCGAAUCUAGGAGCUCGUGUGAACCAGGAGCCUUUAAUCGUAACUCUCGCGAACGAGUCAUUUUCACCGAUUAGAAAUAGUCCGGUUAUUAUUAUUUCUGUAUUCAGAUCGGUCAUUGUUGCUGGACACAAAUAGAAAUGUUCUAUCACAUCAGCCACCUUGACAUGUUCACGACACUCACGAGUUACGACUUAAUGGAAACAUAGACAAUCCAAAAGACAUGUCUUCUGGAUUGUCUAUGAUGGAAACCAGGCAUGGUAUCAUGCGCGUAUGGCGUACAAACUGACACUGUCACUGAUGAACCAUAGUUAUAUGGAUGAACUGAAUAAAAAAAUCAGUUCAACUGAUCAAUAUAUAUGCAUGCAUGCAUGCAUGUUGUUUUUCUGCAUUGUUCUCACCCUGUUGAGAAUAAAAGAAAAGUUUAAAACGGGACGUUUCAUUUGUAUU